AUGAAGGCACAAAAGGGCACCAUCCACAGCAUCGAAGACGUCUCGACGGCAGACACAAAAUGGGUCGCCCUCCGCAAAAUCAACUGGACAGACCAAAGCAACAAGACACGAACCUGGGAAGUCGCGUCCCGCAAAACCCGCGGCUCGGCAGGUGUCGAUGCAGUAGCCAUGGGCAACAUAAUCCUCCACCCUACAAAAGCCCCCACCACAAUACUGGUGCUUCAAUACCGACCUCCAAUCGACGCUAUCUCUGUGGAAUGGCCUGCUGGUUUGGUAGAUGCGAAUGAGACGGUGGAGGAAGCCGCAGUUCGGGAGUUGAGAGAAGAGACUGGCUAUGAAGGCAAAGUUACUUCGGUCAGUCCGAUUGUUUCGGCGGAUCCGGGUAUGACUAGUGCGAAUAUGCAGUUGGCUAUGAUGGAGGUGCAUCUCAAGGAUGGGGACAAGGAGCCUGAGCAGCAGCUUGAUGACGGGGAACAUAUUGAAAGGGUUGUUGUUCCCUUGGCUGAGCUUUAUGAAAAGUUGGUCGAGUAUAGCAAGAUGGAGGGGUAUAUGGUGUCUGCCAAACUCUUCCAUUGGGCUCAUGGUGUGCAUAUGGCAAAGACGAAGAGUUAUCUGUAG